GUUCACUUUAAGACCCGACUGAAGACGGAAGGAGCUAAAAUAUUCACAGUGCAAGAUUGUUGAACAUGAAACAAAAUAAUAAAAAGUCAUCCUGUUGUUGUUUUCUUCUUUCAGUGAUUCACACGCUGCAGUAUUUCCGCACUGCGUCCUCUCAAGUUCCAAACUUCCCAGAGUAUGUGAGUGUUGGUUAUGUUGAUGGAGUUCAGAUUGAUCACUAUGACAGCAACAGCAGGAAAGCAGAAGCCAAACAGGACUGGAUGAACAAAAUCACAGCAGAGGAUCCAAAAUACUGGCAGAGACAAACAGAGGUCAAUGUUGGUAAUGAGUUGAGGGACAAACACAACCUUGAAGUUCUUAAGAAGCGUUUCAACCAAACUGGAGGUGUUCACAUUCUCCAGAGGAUGUAUGGAUGUGAAUGGAAUGAUGAGACUGAUGAAGUUAAAGGUUGGCAUCAGGAAGGUUAUGAUGGAGAAGAUUUCAUAUCGUUGGACAUGAAGACAUGGACAUUUACUGCAGCAAAACAACAAGCUUUCCCCAGCAAACUCAAGUGGGACCAGAACAAACAUCUACUAGACCACCAAAAGUUUUACUACACUGAGGAAUGUCCUUCUUACUUGAAGAAGUAUGUGAACAAUGGGAAGGAGGUCCUAAUGAGAACAGAGCUUCCAGAGGUGUUCCUGCUCCAGAAGACGCCGUCCUCUCCGGUCAGCUGCAUGGCGACAGGUUUCUACCCCGACGGUGCCGACCUGUUUUGGAGGAAAGACGGCGAGCAGAUCUUCGAGGACGUGGAGCACGGAGAGAUACUCCCCAACCACGACGGAACCUUCCAGAUGUCGGUGGCGCUGAAAGUGGAGGUGACGGCCGACGUGGAGGGCAAGUACGAAUGUGUGUUUCAGCUGUCAGGCGUCAAGGAGGACUUGGUCACCAAGCUGGAGAGAAGAAGCAUCCUGAGCAACGCAAGUAAAAAAAACUAACCUUUUUUGCAUAUUGUGUGUGUAUAUAUAUAUAUAUAUAUAUAUAUAUAUAUAUAUAUAUAUAUAUAUAUAUAUAUAUAUAUAUAUAUAUAUAUAUAUAUAUAUAUAUAUAUAUACAUAUAUCCAUCCAUCCAUUUUCUACCGCUUAUUCCCUUUCGGGGUCGCGAGGGGCGCUGGCGCCUAUCUCAGCUACAAUCGGGCGGAAGGCGGGUACACCCUGGACAAGUCGCCACCUCGUCGCAGGGCCAACACAGAUAGACAGACAACAUUCACACUCACAUUCACACACUAG